GUUGUGAUGCUCCUUGCGGGUCCGCGCAAAGUUGCCUGCUGUCUGAUUCCCUGCGUCAUUCAGUGUCCGUGUUCCACGGAGGCGCCACUUUUGUUGUUAAAUAACUCAUAGGUGCGCGUUGUGGGAACCGUGGCGCUCCGCGGCGGGACGGACGGUGCCCACGAGAGCCACGUGCCUGCGGUCGCGCCGCGAUCAAACGGAACGUGGCUCCGAAAUAGGGGGAGGGGGUGACCGCGGCGUUCCGGUCCGGUCUGUCCCAACCCAAUCUCCUUCUGGAGGAAGGUCGGACCCGCGGCGAUGAGUGGACCUCACUUUACUUGAGAGAAGCAUUGGAAUAGGGGAGGGAGGAACCAAGGCUACUCCUGCUAUUGUGUGCCACGGUGUCUGCAAGGCGGGUCCAGGAGAGCACAUGAAGAAGCGGUGCCUGGGGCCCCAGGUCCUACGCCAGGCCGCACCCGGGAGCGCAUUGAGAGCGGAGAGGCAAGAGCCGGAGGAGACGGUGGAGGAAGAGCCCAUAUUUUUGCCACCCCUCCUGCAGCCAUGAGGCCCAUGCGGUCAUUCAGCAACGAUGACCGUCACGUCAUGGCCAAGCACGCGACCAUCUAUCCAUCGCCGGAGGAGUUGGAGGCCAUACAGACGCUGGUGUCCACCGUGGAGCGCGCCCUCAAGAAAGUGUCCGACUGGAUGGAUGGCCUGGUCCAGGAGGACGCCCAGGCUGCAGACUCGGAGGAGAGCAGCACUAACAGGGAGACGAGCGGCAGGAUUCUAUGUGGGCUGACGCGAGUCGGACUGCUGGCCAAGGGGCUCCUCAUCAAGGGCGACAUGGAUCUGGAGCUGGUGCUCAUGUGCAGAGAGAAGCCCACACACACCCUGCUGCGCAAACUCUCCGAUAAUUUACCCUUGCAGCUCAAGAGCUUAACAGAGGAGCAAUAUGAAGUGCACUGUUGUGUCCCGGAAGCCGCCAUUCGCGUGCACAAGUCCUCGGAUCCCCACCUUAACUUGAAGAUCACCCUCACGUCAGCGCAGAUGAGGGACGGGCAGAGUGAGGAUGAAGCGCUCCUUUCUGCAGCAGAAAUGACGGAGGACCCGCCUGACAUGUUGGACCAGCGCUGGUGUCUCGUUGCCUUGGCAAAGCUGCGGCACACCAAAUGGUUCCAGGCCAGAGUCACAGGGCUGCAGUCUUGCCUCAUCGUGCUCCGGGUUCUGAGAGACCUGUGCAACACGGUCCCCGCCUGGGAGCCUCUCAACGGAUGGCCUCUGGAGCUCAUCUGCGAGAAGGCCAUCGCCACGUACACUCGGCCCCUCGGAGCCGGCGAAGCGCUGCGGAGGGUCAUCGAGUGCGUCGCUUCUGGAAUCCUGCUCCCAGGUGGACCUGGACUGCAUGACCCCUGCGAGAAGGAGCCCACGAAUGCCCUCUCAGCCAUGACGGAAACCCAGGCUGAAGCCGUCACGUAUUGCGCACAGCACUCCUUGCGGCUCCUGGCCUUCGGACAAAUCCACCGAUUUCUAAGGAUGGAUCCGCUGCCCUUCAGAAAGCCUUGUCCAAAACACCUGUGGCUAGAAAAAGAAGGACUGAAGAGACCCUACGAAGAUGGAGCUGUGGAUGGAGACCUCCUGAAAAAGAAGUGCAGCUUGAGGAAGUUUCUCGACAAUAAAGCAAUAGACACCAGCCAACCAAUGAAUGCCCUGAUGCGCCUGAACCAGAUCCAGCCGGGCCUGCAGUACAAGCUGCUUUCCCAGUCCGGACCGGUGCACGCCCCUGUGUUCACCAUGUCUGUUGAUGUAGACGGCACAACGUACGAAGCCUCUGGGUCUUCUAAGAAGACCGCCAAGCUCCAUGUCGCUGUCAAGGUCCUGCAGGCAAUGGGAUACUCGACAAGUUUCGAUACAGACCUGGAUGCCAUGAGUGCGGACGAGAAGUCCGAUGGAGAAGGGAAGAACGAGACCGUGAACCCGAGCAAUAACACGUCAAACUCCACUGACGGCUCAAAUGUGCUGGAGGUCCGAACUCAGGGACCCAUCUUAACCGCCAGCGGGAAAAACCCCAUUAUGGAGCUCAAUGAAAAGCGGAGGGGCCUCAAGUACGAGUUGGUACUGGAGAGUGGCGGAAGCCACGAUAAGCGCUUCAUCAUGGAGGUGGAAGUAGAUGGGCAGAAGUUCCGAGGCUGCGGGCCUAAUAAAAAAGUGGCGAAGGCCAGCGCUGCCUUGGCUGCGCUAGAGAAGCUUUUUUCUGGGCCCGCUGUCCCUGCCAGCAGGAAGAAGAAGGUUCUCCCUCAGGUGAAAGGCGCCCCUGUUGUCACAGGAAUGUCGCUGUCUGCUGGUGCCCAGGUCGGCAGGAGCCAUGGGCUGGGGGCACUAACCGGAGGGGCACUGAUGAGCAGCGCUGCUGCGGCCCCAGGGUACAUCACGACAGCUUAUGGAGCCCCGUAUGGGUUCGGCGGUGCCCCAGCCGUGGCUGCCCCGACCUAUGGUUUGCCCAAGGGAAUGCUUCUGUUGCCCGUGGUGAAGGUUCCCACAUACCCAGUGCCCCAUUACUCCUUCUUUUAGGUGGACGACUUGACCGAGAGUUCCGAUCCAGCUUUCUCAGAGAUGGUAUUUUUACAGGACUGGCCUGAGAACUACAAAGGGCAUUUACCUGUCUUUUUUUUUUUUUUUUUU